UCGUACCGGACACUUCAUGAUGUCAUUGUAGGCGAAUGACAGCCUGGGGUCUCCUCUCGCGCUCUGCGGCUGCUGGUCGCUGUCAUCAUGCAGGUGGAAUCUGCGCAGUGUGGAUCUCCAACAAGACACACCAGCCUCCACCGGCCUACAGCGAUCACACACCGGACACUGGACUCUGGAGAUCAGACUGUGGAGGAACCAAUCAACAAGCCACUGGAAAUAAACAGCAAAUUAGAAGGGUUUUUUCUUUUUUCAGUUUGUUUAGAUAUACGGGCUUCAUCAAUUUGAUAAUACAGCUAAAAUACUAAUUCCUCUAAGCAUUAUUUUGCUGGAAUAAGCGCAUGUUCUUAUGUUGAUGCUGUCAGAUUGUUUUUCUCUCCUGGCGCAGUCUAACUCAGCUGGAGUCGCAUAGGAUGCCAUACAAUCCUAUAGGAAGUGACUCCAGCAGCUUGACAGGCAACAAUUUCCAAGAAACGAAAAGGACGUAGUCUUUGUCCUGCGGAUCUUUUCGGUUUUAACACGAACACGAUGGAUGAAGGCACUGCCAGCGAGACCAUCCCCGAUCUGAAAGACAUAGAGGUGAAAAUUGGCCGGAAGACCCCCGAGGGAUUGCUCAGGUGGAUGCGGGAAGAUGCGUCCUCUCUCCGGGGAGACGCCAAGCUGGCCACCGCGCACGACACCAGUAAGGAGACGGGGACGAAGAGUUUGGAUGAAAAGAUCAGGAAAUUGAAGAUGGAGAUGGCUCACUUGCGCUCAGUGGACGUGAAGAUCUUGCAGCAGUUGCUGGCUGUCCAUGAAGGCAUCGAGGCAGUGAAAUGGCUGCUGGAGGAGCGCAGCACGCUGACGAGUCGCUGCAGCAGCCUAACCAGCAGCCAGUACAGCCUGGGUGAGGGCCCUGACACCUCCUGGAGAGGCUCCUGGAGCAGCCUGCAGGACCCCAAUGACAAGCUUGACAACAUCUCCAUCGGCAGCUACCUGGACACCCUGGCAGAUGACAUGGAUGAGUACUGCCCCUCCAGCUCUGAGUCGGUUAUCUGCUCCACCAUGCCGCUGGUCUCAGAGGCUACUGCUGGGGGCUGGACAGGGGGAGGCCCCGGGGCCACAGUCACAGCAGCAGGGACAGGAGCUGGGGUAGGGGUGAGGUCUGGUACUGGGGCUGGAAGUGGGAUUCGGGCUGGGACAAAUGCAAAUGGAGCUGGUGUUGGAAAUGGGACGGAGGUGAAAGGUGGACCAGGUACUGGGGUUACCAGUGCUAUCACUGGGACUGCUGGGCCUGGAACUGGGAAACCAGCUGUUCCUGUCAGCUCUUCUCAAGCCACGUCUGUGGGCCCCAAGCAAGACGCUCCGGUCUGGACCAGGGCUGCAGAGACGAGUAAAGGAAGCCCUGUUUCUAAGGACAAUACCCAGACACAAACCGUUAAGUCUAAUGCCGUCCUGGAGAAACCAACCAUGCAAACAGGCAGCCCAACCCGCCCUAGCCUCAACGAGAAACUGGGAACCAGCCAGAGCCCCAAAGUCAAACCUUACAAAAAUGGAAAGAUCGACUUGGAUACUUGCAAAAUGAACGGCAAAAUGCAUCUUGAGUACGACGCACACUGGCGGUGGGUGCAGUCGCAAGAAGAUGUGACGUUUUUGUAAGAAGGAUAAUAACAGAGGGGGCUAAAACCACUAUUGAACACUCCCUCUGUAACAUCAAAGACCAGAUCACUGAAGGAUUGAAGAAGAGUGACCUGCUGUUGUGAAAUGCACAUAGUGAGGCUUUCCUUGUUGAACGACACUGGGUUUGAAAGACAAAGAAUAACUUUUUUGUCUUGUUGUUGCCUCCUGUGACUGCACUAACUUUCUAUAAAACAUUGAUGUCAGUUUUAAGGCGGAUGCACAUAACAGGAUUCUGACCAUAUUUAGCCAAACUUAGGAAAAUCUAUUUUAAAAUCCUGUGUCAUAGUUUUUCUCAGGGUCUUUCUCGGCAUUCCCUGACUUUUUCUCUUUUCUUUUCUUUUCUUUUCUAAAGCACAGUGAGAUGAUCUGCCAGAGAGCUGAAACAUGAUUUCAGAUUGCUUGACAUAGUACAUCAGCCAAUGCAAAUUAGAUUUUAAUUAUAAUUUGACUUUCUCAUCCAGAAAAAUAAUUUCCAGAAACUACAAUAUCUCUACUUACGCUAAAUAAUUAAAACCCCGGGGCACAACAAAGAUUUCUGACCCCCCCUAAAAAAUUUCGCUCUGGGAUCUCCUUAAUUACCUGUGGUGGGCCCUCUACAAUCAUCACCAAAUUUAACUCCUCUAACAGCCCUGAUAGAGCCUAUUGUACUGUAUUUAAGUAAGUAGAAGACCAAAGUUUUCUCAUAUCAACCCAUUAUGUUGGAGUCACAAAUUAUAUUGAUUGUAUAAACCCUUUGACUUAGACAAUAUAACUGAACACUUAAAGGUUAUAGACAGUGUUACUUGAUAAAGUAUUAACAUGAAACAUAAGUUUUAAAACCUUUUGAUAAAAUCCGUGAGUGUGUUUCUCCCCGAACUCGUAGCUACCUGCACAAAAAGUAGAAGAUAUGAAAAUAGAAGACCUCCCUCCCUCUUUGAGAAAUACUCAUAGCAUUUGUGUCUUUGUGGAGCUAAUACCUUCAGUGCUUAACCAACCAUCUGCAACAUUGUAUAUUCAUUGAAUCACAAUACAGCUACUCUGUGCAUCAGGUACUAGUCGUGACUGGUUGUAGGCAAAUACUGAAUAUGGCUGAAUUUAUUUUUAUUUUUGAACCGUUAUGGUAACCUUUGCUAGUUUUUAUAAGCAGCUGUUGUGCCUGAUUGGUGUAAACCUUAACUACAUAUGCCUGUACCUUCCUGAAAUGACUGCACUGUUGUUAUGAUAAUCUGAGUUUUUGACUGAUUUUAUUUGUAUUAUUUUUGCCUCCUCCUGGCCUCUGCUUGCGUCUACAAAUGGCUAGACCAACAGUCUGUGUGCUGUUGCCAUGUGAGUGUUGACUGGUGAAUGUGUUAUGUUGGCUGGGUGGAUAUUGCAUGCCCUGUGCUGAGAGCUUUACUGGUUAAAUCAUGAGAAAAGUGUGGAAGACCUAAAACAAUCAGAGAAGAAAAGCAGUAUUUCUUGAAGCCUUUCUACUGGCUUACAUAAGCAGCCUCUUCUUAGCAAAUUAAAUCAAAUCAUUUUGUCUGUUCUUCAGGAGUUUCUAAGACUACUGACAGGGAGAUGAAGUGUAUGUGUGUUUGUGUGUGUGUGUGAGAGAGAGAGAGCGACAGAUGCCGACUGCUUGCCUGAGCACAGCUGGCCUGUCAGGUUUGGAUAAGAAUAGAUGAGUCCCAAAGGUUUUCAAGCGUUUUCAGCUCAUUCAUCACAGCGUUACUAUAUCUCCUACCAGUCUGCAGUUAGUCAUGUUGAUGCUGCACGGGUAGUGCAACACUUUUGAUAAACGGAGGGGAACAUAUUACAUAAUCAGUACAUAACCUUUUAUGCUACAGUAUUCCUUGUUUAAAAAAAAAAAAGCUCCUCGUGAAAGGUUUGGCUUACCCUCUCUCUUACCUUAUGACCUUCUGAAAAAGCUGACAUUGAAGUCAAUGUGUGGUAUAAUUGUACACUUCAAAUUCUAAAAUGUUUCACUCGCUCUGUCCUUUUAGUGCUGAGUUGAGUUGAGUUAAACUCAAUGCUAGUUCCAAUACAAUAUAUGUAUGAGUUUUGAUUCCACUAACAAAACAAAUUACGUUUUCAGUACUCAUAUGGACACAUUUCAGUCAGUACCAAAAAAGUACAAGGCUCUACACCCAGCCCUUUCCCUUUGCAUCCUUGCAUCCUACUGUAAAAGUCAUUUCAUACAUUUCAUGCAUUGUGACAAGGAUAUGUUUUUAUUUUUUUCACCAUUCUUGACCGUUCACUAAGCCCCACCGCCCUUAGUUUAUGUUGCUACCUCUGUCAAGCUUCGCAUGGCACAUAUAUGCAGUUAAUGUGGCAGAUUUACAGCUCGAAAUACUAAGUAAUUUUUUAAACAAUGGGUCCUUGAUUUCAGAUAGAGGUAGACAGCAGGCAGCAGAAGAAGGCUUCUCAUUUCUACUAAUUCCUACACACUGGACCUUUAAAUACGCACUUGAUGGCUACAUGAUAUCGGCUAGAAUGAGACUGUCAGUACUAUAAAGAAAAAUGUAAGAUUAGACUGGUCAUUGUAUCACAACACUGUUUGGCUGAUUAGCUUACACACGUGUUUGUAUUUUCAAACAAUAUGUUUCACUUUUAACAACAAGAGAGAAAAGAAUAUGAGGACUAAUCAAUGUGUAUGGACAAUGUAAUGCUAUCAGGUCAGGUUAACUGGAGUUGCUUCCCCAAAUCCAUUAAAGAGCAGGACAGAGGUAGCCUAAACUCUGAUAGCAUGUAGGACAGGCUGCCACACAGUGGGGAAAUAUUAUGCAGUGGAUAGGUUAGUCGUGAACUUUUUAAUGGACCCUGUAACCCCACAACCUCUACACUAAUGAUAUGCUAACUCUAACGCCUUGGAAGUAACUACUGUAGGUACUAAGCUGGUUAGUCAGACAUGCUAACGAUUGAGUUUACGUUAAAGUAGGAAUGGAUUAAACAGUGUGUUUAAUUCUGCCCUUACACUUUAACACUUGCUCUUACUACAGCCCCUUUCUACAUCGCUUCAACAUGUGGAGAAAUUCAAAGCUUGACCUGUUGUGCCUAGUUCAGGAGAGGGGUUUAGCAAACGGUUAAUAAAUGGAUCACGGCUUUCACACCAUGUAAAGAGUUAAUUGCCUGUUAAAUGCUACUGCUUGCAUUUAUAAUGCAACUAAUUGUUAUGACGGGUUGACUUGGGAGUCAUCUAUAGCCAGUCCACCUUCAAUCACUUUCAGCCAGGUCUCACUGUAAAGAAAUUCUACAGGCAGCUACAGUGAGAUGUUAAACUCAGCAUCUCCAUUUGUUUGAGCCACUGAAGUGUUUCCUCUCUCCUCUUUCUCCUGCCUUUCUUUUCAUCCUACUUUCCACCACCGCACUGGUUUGAUGGAAAUGUGCAGUCUGUGCCAACACACACAUCAUGCACACACAAUGCCCUCUCGCUGGAGACAGCACCAUAAAGCCGGCACCACAGAGACAGCGACUGUAGGCCAGACCUGGAGACAGGCAAGGAAAAACUGUGUUCAAACUGGACCGUGAACUCUUGGAAGAGUUGGAACAUUUAGAAAAAUCUGUCCCCCGUUUUUCUUUCCCUCUAAAUCUCUUUGAAUACAAAAUGAAGAGCAUCUAUCCAUCGCUGGAUAAGUAUUUCAACCAUGGUAUAUCAUCCAGCCACAGUAUAGACAUGAAGUCAUUUGAAACCUCCUUCCCUUUUUAACAUAUGUGUUGGCCACAAAGCAGUAUUGCAUGCCAAAGAGACUGUCUGCUCGUUUGUGGUUUUCUUUCCAAAUUCGUCGAGCCAUAUGGGAAAAAAACCCUACUUUUUAGUGCAGGGAAUAAACCUGUAAAACACAUUACAUCAAGCUAUAUUGUGUGUCUUUGAAGCUAUACUGUAGCCCAAGCUGCUGUAAUGUGUUUUUCACUGGGAACAUCCAUUUUAAAACUGGAAUAUGAACAUUGUUUUAAACCGCUCAUUGGCAGAGAUUUAAUGAGUGCUGACAGUCAAGGUGCCAGGAGAAAAUCACUUGUGGCCUGAUUGUUUUUGAAAGAGGGAUAAUAACUGCUGUGUGCAUGGAUAAGAAUGGAAGUGUUACUAACUUGUGGAAAAUACCUUUCAGUCAAAGCUGAAAGCCUCUCCUCACCCUUUUAGAGGGUGUGGAGGUAAACACAACCCGGCAGACUUGCUCCCUCAAAUCCUUCUGUUCUGUCCUUUCAUGAUGUCCAGGAUUUAUCAGAUGCCCAGUGCGUGAUGUGUUUGCCUUGGCUUCAGGUGGCACCCUGCAGCUAUUCUGGGCACAAGACAAACAGCAUGAUUACAUAGACGAGUGGAUAUCCACAAGGUUGCCAUGACAAUGAGACCGAGCAGGCUUCAGCUCCAGUGGCUACAUAAAACAAUGUUUACUGCAGUACUAGUGGCAGUGUAGCGGUACUGUUAGAAUGAUGUCAGGUUAGAUGAAUGAGAUAAGAUAAGAUGACUGGUGAUGCAUUUUAACAGAGUCAGAAUAAUACCAACCAUUAGAAUGAUGUUUAACACCUUUAAAGGUAAUUUGUGAUGAAUCCUGAUUACAUUUUCAGGUACCUCUUCCUAGUAAGGCACCCUUUAUAAAAGGGGUUGUAAGUUUUACCUAAUAGUUUUAUUAAUGGUUUUUCUUUUUUCUAAUUUACUAAUAAAAUACAUUAACAAUAACAAAAUGUGGGUUAUCAGGUAGUGAAAAAUCCCUUAUUUCUAGAAAAAGAACUGCAAAUGAUCUGGACCAACGUCAGUUGCAGACUUGAUGAUUAAAACUCUUAAUUCUCUUAAUGACUUAUUAACAUUUACAACUGCAGACUUGGAGUUUGACACAACAAACCAUGAGCAUUGAUUGAUGGAUUACCAACAUUUAACUGCAUUAUUACCACAUACAAAUACAAAGGGUAAACACCAACCAAUGGGAUUUUUUUUUUUUUUACCAAAGCCAAAAUAUAAUAUAAUUGAUCUAUAAAGUAUUUGUAAAUUAUUUAUUAACCAUUAAUAAAUCCAUUACUUAUAAACACUUUAUUAAGGGUGCCUUAUUAUAACCUGCCAAGCACCCAGUAAGAAUAUUUAAUGCCCAUUGAAUUAGCUAAUACAGGCUGACUGAGGGAAUGUAAAUCAAUCUAGCUGCUGCAAAAAGUGCUAGUUCAGAAUUAAUUGUCCUUGUUGAAAUCUCUUGAAAACUUUCAAAAGAGAAAAAAAACUAAUUCUUAGAAAUCUCUUAUUUUUAAUCUCUAAUCUUUCCUGGUUAAAUAAAUGAACUAAAUGAAAUACAAUAUUAGAUUUUUUGUCACCUUGGACAGCUCAGUAUGUUUUUGUGAAUAAAGAUAAGUCUUGUCCAAAGUUAAACAAUCUUCAUCACCAUCUUUCUUGUCCAGGUACUGAGUGCAAAAAAAACUGUAAUUGUGAUGUCUGCCUCUCAAGAACUGCAACAGUGUUGAUCGCGCCCUUUUAAGUUAUUACGUUAGGAAUCAAACAUUUGGAUGAAAAAGUCAAUUUGGGCUCAAAACAUUUUCAUAAUGUAAUAAAAUAGACAUUUUAAAAGGAGUGAUUAACAGUGUUGAGAGGCAGAAAUCAAAAGCCACACAAGGUAAAAAAAAAUUGUCAGUGUCAGCUUCAGAUGUUAAUUAUGUUCUUCAAGAUAUUAGGAAUUCAGCAUUUUAGGGCAAGCUUUUCAUUUUCAUUGCAGCACAACAAUAUGCACAGUAAAUCACUGUACAUAUAGUCAUUGCUGGUACCGAUUUUGCAUCCUUCUUCUCACACUCCCCACUGCUAUGUUCUGCAGUAGUACACAGCUCAGCCAUCCUCUCUAAUAGCCACCUGAAAUGCUGUCAAGAGCCCUUUACUUGCAAGUUUUGGCCAUUUUUGAGAAGCUAAAAGUAAGACUGGUUGUGUCUCCCUGGAGGCAGAACAGAGGGCUAAACUGUGAGCUGAGCGGCAUAGCACACAGCAUGCAGCUAAAAGGAAGCUUCCACUCCCGGUGUCCUGCUGUUUUCUUCCUUCCUCUUGUACAUACACAAACACACAUAAGCACAAUUUAUCCCGGGACUGACGUGGGUCUCUAGGUACCUGACAGCCUCUCAAAGACAGCCAUUAAGUGUUUCCUUUUCUUGAAUCUUAUUUAUACUAUAUCCCUGUGUGUGUGUUUUGUUCACAUCCCAAACUGCUCAAAAAAAUCGAAGUGAAUUGAAAUAAACCCCACUGAGUGCACACUGUGCUCUGAACUGUGUCCAAAACUUAACUUAGGCAACACAAAGCAUAGAGGACUGAAAGAUAAAAGGCACAGAGACCGACUGCAGUUCACUGGAUCAGUUGAAUCAAUAUCUUGCUUGAGUGAGUGGAAUUGUUUUUAUUUCCAUGGUAUGAUGCAUUUUUUAAAAUUAUUUUAUUAUGCAAUGUGUCCAGAGAAAAAUGUUAUUUUUUCUUUGUAAAUGUUGUGUGGAAAUGUUCAACAAAUAACUGAUUAUGAUUAUCAUUAAUGUGGAGAAUUACAUUAUGCAGAAUGUAAAUUAUAUGAGCUUAUCCAAUGAUUAAAGAUAUUUUAAAUGUU